GGGAAACGUCAAAUUUGAAAAUAAAUAAUAGUAUGUUUUUCUUUUAAUAACAUUACAUUACCAUGUCUGAGAUUUUAAUGGAGCCUUCUUUAGAAAUAAGAAAAUUACGCCCUAGUCAAAUUAGAGAAUUAUCAUCUAUUUUAGAGACCCAUGAACUAUGGAAACGUUUAAUGAGCAUAAUUCCAAAAUCGCUGGAGAAAACCAACUACAAAUGUGAUUUAACUACUCAUAAUCCUCAUAAAUAUACUGCUGAACAUUUUAGAUUAAUUGAAAAUGAAUCAGACAAGUCUAGACGAUCAUGUACAGAAAUUUUAUUAGAUGAGUGGGGCACUUCAGGAAGAAUAAGACCCGCUCUGGGGCAUCUUCUUUACCUUCUUACCAAAGCAAACUUAUUUCGAGCUGCAGAUUAUGUAGCUGUUGACCUUCUCCAUCAGGAGAAGCCCAAGAGGCCAGAUGUUGGCCCUGAAGCAGAAAUUCCUGUGAAUCUUAGUGAAAUAAUUCAGCAAAGGGAUGAAGAUGAUGAUAUAGAGCACAUACUUGAUGAUGUGGAUUAUGUCAGUGAAGCAGUCAAUUUAAUUAGAAGAUAUUCAGAUAAAACUCCAAAGAAAGUUAACAAAAUCCCUGACAUUGUUAUAACUCCAGAUGUAGAAGAGAAUAGAGUGCCUACAUUCCAAACACCAAUAGUAACAGUCAGGCCCAAAGAACCAGAAGUACAGGAAGAUGUAUCAGAUAUGAUUAAAUUUUCAACCACACAAAUUCAAAAUAGUACAGUGACAGAAAUGGAUUCUCAAGAAAUUCCAGCAGUGGUAAAUAUCAUCAACUCCGAGAAUAUAUCUGGGCCCCAGGAAAUGAACAUGCCAAAUUUGUCCAUGAUUAUGAAUUCGAAUAUUAACAAUAGUAAUAGCAAUAGCAAUAAUGAAAGUACAGUUGACAAUUCAGCUUCAUCAAUUUCGAAUACUAUGUCUGAGAGUUACUCACAGUCUUCGGUGCAGUCUGAAAGUUCAGUUACUGACAGUUACAGCCCUGCAUUUAGUCAGAUUUUGGGCUCAACAAUCCAACCAGAAACGACAGGAGAAAAUGUUCCCAAUCUGUCAGUUUUGAAUUUGCAGCCUGAAAGGGCUGAAUCGGAAGUAAAUGUAAGAGCGGAUGAGACAACUUCAGAAGCCAGCAUGAUGCCAGAUUUGGAUUUAUUACAACAACAGUCGGAAGUUAUAACUGAUUCAAAUAAUUUACCUGACUUCAAUACACUACAAGUUAGUACCAUAGCGAGCCAGAGUAUCCAGCUGAGCAAUGCAUCACAAAUUUCAUCAGAGAGUUCAACAAAGACGCGUUCUUGUUCAUCUCCUCUGCCGAAUCUCUCCUUAGAUACCGUUUUGCCCCAUUACAGCUAUCAGAACCUCGAAACAGCAACAAAUUACUUCAACGAAAGCAAAUAUAUUGGUCAGAAAUAUGAAGGAAGGUUAUUAGGUUCUGGAGAAUUUGGAUCAGUUUUCUUGGCCCUAGGUUUGUUAAAUAAACCAAUUGCGGUAAAGAAGUUAUUUAUUGGAGAUGUGGAAGUGGUUGACAUCGACGACGAGGUUACUAAACAGUUCAGAACCGAAGUUGAAGUGUUGAGCAAGUAUAAACAUGACAAUUUACUGUCUCUUCUGGGUUAUUCCUGUGAUGGAAGCACAUAUUGUUUGUUGUAUGACUACAUACCUGGAGGGCCAUUAAAGGAUAGAUUACAGAAUUCUUCGAAUAUACUGUCUUGGAAACAACGAUUAAACAUUGCUAUGGGAACUUCAAAAGCUAUAGCUUAUCUACACACAGCAUUUCCAACACCACUUCUUCACAGAGACAUAAAAUCUGCCAACAUCCUUUUAGACUCUCGAGAUCAGCCAAAGCUUGGAGAUUUUGGUCUCAUAAAACUCAUGACAACUCAGAAUAUGAACACGUCCACCACUGUAUUUGGUACAUCGGCAUAUAUGCCUCCAGAAGCUUUUGGAGGAGACGCAUCAGUGCAAUUUGAUACUUUUAGCUUUGGAGUGGUAGUACUGGAACUUUUGACGUCAUUACCUGCUAUAGAUAACGACAGAGAAGGAACUGAUUUGGUAACCCACAUUGCAGAAACUAUUGAAAACGAUGACAUAUCAGUUGUUGUGGAUUACAGAGCUGGUACUUGGAAGGAAAACAACGCAGAUUACGCCAUGAAGUUUUAUAAAAUUUCUCAAUGUUGUCUAGAAGAGAAAAUUCGAAGACCCACCAUGGUGCAGGUUAAAACCGCACUCGAUGAUUUAGUUAAAGAUAUAAGAUAAAUGAAUUUCCAUUAAGUUAUAGAAAUAUAUUUUUAUAUUG